AUCCCACUCCAGUUCUGCCGGUGUCUCUCUCACUCCCCCCUUCGCCACGACAUUCCCCCGCGCCUCAUUUUCUGCCUCAUCCUCGUGGCGCUCUUUUUCUUUCUCUGCGGCACGGCCCAUCUCCUAUUGGCGUUCCGACAGGGCGAUUCCCGUUGGUUCACGUGGAUCCAAUGCGGCAAUGCCCUCGUCUCCACCACCACUGCCGUGUACUUGAUUCCGCUCAUUCCCGACAUGUUUACACUCUUGGACACGGCCGUGGCCAAUCUUCAAAAUGAAACCAAAGACUCCAAAUCCAAACUGUUCACAUUCAUGGCAUUUCUCUGUCACGAAAUUCGCAAUCCACUCUUUGCCAUUACCAGCAGUGCCGAGUGUUUGCAAGAUAGUAUUACGACCAUGGCGGACCAAUGUGCGAGCGAAGAAGUCCAAAGCAUUUUGGAUUCCAGUCUCCUCAUGUUGCGACUCGUCAAUGAUGUGUUGGAUCUGAGCAAACUGGACAGUGGCAAACUCCAAUUGGAAUGUCGGCAAUUCGAUUUGCACGCCCUCCUCAAACGAUUGGGCGACAAUAUGGGACGGCAAGUCCGACGCAAACAUCAGGGAGCCGUGGACUUUGAGUGUACUGUAGACGUCAGUGUCCCACAAUUCGUCUUGGGGGAUAGUGUCCGCAUGGUGCAAAUCAUUUACAAUCUGCUCAGUAACAGCUUGAAGUUUACAUCGCGGGGGAGGAUAUCGGUGGAAGUGGCCGCAUUGGAAUCAUACACCGCAUGGCGGCGGCAGCAAAGAGAUGAUGCGGACGAAGCAAACGACACUGUCACCAUGAGCCAUCAUCGACCCGUCGCAAUGUUUGCCAAUAAGACAACUGAGGACGACGAUGAAGAAGCACAAGUCUUUUCCAUGGCCUUGUUGAGUCACAAUCAUCAUCAUCAUCAUCACACGACCAAUGACGACAAUGACAACAAGAAGGUCGUAUUGAGCAUUGUGGUGGCCGACACGGGGAUUGGCAUUCCACACGAACGAUUGCACGACAUCUUUGAACCCUACACGCAGGCCAAACUUAGCGAUUUCCGACAACAUGGGGGAACUGGAUUGGGACUUUCCAUCAUUUCCAGUUUGACCAAAGCCAUGGGAGGGACUAUCAAUGUCACUAGUCGACCCGGGGAAGGAGCUACCUUUCAUCUCCAUUUGCCCGUGCAAUUGUUAGAGGAACACACAUGUAAUACCAAUCCUCUUACUACAACCGCCUCCAACAAAGCCACCACCAACAACAAUAUGAACUAUGUCGGAGAGCUCUUGCCCAAUGAUCAGAAGCAAGUUUCCAACAACUUUUUGAAAUGUCAGCGCAUGCCCAAUUGGACACAUACGUCGUCCCAAGAUUUGUCAUCCAUGAUCAGUCAUCAGGCUGAUGCCGACUCCAACCAAAACAAAGACAACAUUGCACAUCACGAAACGGACAGCACGAAUGGGAAGGAAAGCACAACAACGCUACUACAACCUCCUCCACUCUUCUCCACAACGACAGCAAUACCCUCUCCUUCACAACCAUCGAGUCCUUCCACGGAGAAUAUGCUGGACAAGCAAUCCAUGUCAUUGUCGGAAAAAUCGAAGACGACCAGCAACGGCACGGCCUGUGAAAGAAGCAGGACCGUCACUAAAUCCUUCAAUCUACCUCCCAACAAUCAUGUCGUGUUGGUGGUUGACGACAACUCGGUCAAUCGAAAGAUCCUGGGCAAAAUGCUGACCACGUUUGGCAUUGAACAUCGCAUGGCUUGUAAUGGUCAAGAAGCCGUUGAUGCACUCCUGGCCAGUCGCAAUUACUUGCCUGCCAAUAAGUCUCUUUUGCGGUAUGCAUUGGUACUCAUGGAUGUUUCCAUGCCCGUCAUGGACGGCAACGAAGCCAUUUCCGCCAUUCGACAAGCUAACAUCACCGUACCCAUUGUGGCAUUGAGUGCCAAUGUCUUGUCACAAGAGCAAGACAAGACCAUUUGUUUGGGAGCCGACGAAUUCCAUACCAAGCCCAUUCUACGAAACAAUCUACAUGCCAUUUGUGAACGAUACUUGCUGGCGUCACCGCCGGGACUAGUGGUGGACACUCACUUUACUCCGUUGAACCGACCCGCCCACGAUGAUGACGGCACGAAUGGUUUGAAGUAG